AUGAACGCCAAGCAGCCCUACCCGCUGCACCCCUGCCUGCAGGAGCCCAAGUUGCCCAGCCUGCCCCCGGGCACCGAGGCCAUGCGCCGCGCCUGUCUCCCGGCCCCGCAGCUGCCGGCCUCUCUCUUCGCGGGCUUCGAUGACAGCCUGCUGGCCCGGGCCGAAGCCCUGGCGACAGCGGACCUGGCCCCCUGCCACGCCAAGGGCCACCCCUUCAAGCCCGACGCCACCUACCACCCCCUGGGCGGCGUGAUGCCCUGCGGGCCCGCCCACCCGCAUGCCCCGCACCCAACUCUGGACGGCGACCACCUGCUGGACCACCUGCCCCCCGCGGCACUGGGCGUGGGCGGACUGGGAGGGCCCGACCCCACCGGGCAUCCCCACGGGCUCGGGGUGUUGGGAGGGCCGGGGGGACUGGGUCCCCUGCGGCCGGGCCUGGGGAUGGGCCCGGGACUGGCCGAGGUGGACCAGGACCCACGCGAGCUGGAGGCCUUCGCCGAACGCUUCAAGCAGAGGCGCAUCAAGCUGGGGGUCACCCAGGCCGACGUGGGCGCCGCCCUGGCCACCCUGAAGAUCCCGGGCGUGGGCUCUCUCAGCCAGAGCACCAUCUGCCGCUUCGAGUCCCUGACCCUCAGCCACAACAACAUGACGGCCCUCAGGCCGGUCCUGCAGGCCUGGCUGGAAGAGGCCGAGGCCGCCCAGCGAGACCGGCUGGACCGGGCCGAACUGUCCGGGGCCGCCGAGAAGAAGCGCAAACGGACGUCCAUCGCGGCGCCCGAGAAGAGGUCCCUGGAGGCCUACUUCGCCUUGCAGCCGCGGCCCUCCUCCGAGAAGAUCGCCGCCAUCGCCGACAAGCUGGACCUGAAGAAGAACGUGGUGCGGGUCUGGUUCUGCAACCAGAGGCAGAAGCAGAAGCGCAUGAAGUAUGCGGCCGCACGCUGA